GUAAAGGUUAACAUUUAACAAAGAAAAAUAGUUUAUUUGUAAACAAAAUCUUUAGCAGAAAUCUUGGCUGCGCCUGCGACUUCAAUUAUAUUUUAUCCGAUAUUUUUAAUUGGAGAUAUCGAAUUAAUUACCAACAUAAAGCAUACGUGAUGGAGGAGGACUACGGCGGUGUAACAGAUUCUCCCAAGCGAGGGCCAACUCUAUCAACGUCGACUUCCAGUUUCGAACCAUUUGAUGCCCACGAUCCGAACCUUUCCCGACUGGCCACGAAGAUGUUCCAGAAGACCGGAGAAUACAUCAGCCACGAGCUGAGCACAACGGCAGAUGACUACCGUUUGAUUGAACACAUGAACCAGGCUAUGAUGGGGAAAGUGAUGGAGAUGAAGCAAAUGUCCGAGUCGAUAUCGGUCAAGAACGCCGAACUGAACCGAAAAUACGAGGAGUUGAAGCCAUUGCUCCAGAAGGUAGACGAUAUUGAACAGACCGUAAAUAAAUUGGAAGCGGCCGCGUACCAGUUGGAUUCUUACACAAUCCGGUUAGAAAAUAAGUUCAAAGCAUUGAAAGCAAAAAAGUAGUCAGAUUCAUUCAUUGGGUUAUCUUUCUUCAAAUUAGUCGAUAGCAUUAGUUAUAGGUAAGUAAUUACAUAUUUUCACUACUAAUUUUCAUUACUUUUAUCUUAAUGUUUUGUUAUUGAGAGCGAAGAAUGAGUUUGGUUGAAAUCCACGAUGAUGAAAGUUUAAAAAUGCAAAACAAUGAAGUAAUUUAAGGACUGUUGCUGCUGUGAAUCGCAAGUCAGUCCCGUCUGUAUAUGGCAUCCAUAUACAGAUGGACUUACGAUUCACGGCAGUGUAGUGUGCAAAUGAGUUUGAUUGAGGAAGGUUCGAGCCACGACAAGGACAUUUUCACAACUAAUAAAACCUUGACCAAAUGAUUUUAUUGUAAUUUCAUUACAACACAUAUAUAAUACAAAAUAUCAAAAGAGUUUAAUCGAGAAGUCAUUUUUGUAUUAUCCUAGUAAAAGCUUAAAUAUUA